UAUAUCGGUUAUGGGAUCAGCACAAUUGUAACAAGGUUUCUGAUGAAUUACAAAAUAUAAAAAAGAAGAAGAUUGUGAUACAUAAAUGCAAAUUGCAAAACAAAGUUCUAUCUUAAUGAAGAGUUCAUUGCUCUUGUCUCCAGAUCGAAAGACUUGGUUCUUACAGAUAAGAACUCAUCUUAAUAGGUAAUAGAAUAUUGAACUUCAUAGAAGCUGUAUUAGGUAUAAUAAGUGGAAUUCAUAUUAUUGGAUUCUUAGUAUAUCAUUUUGAAGAUAUUUGAAGGAAUAAGUUCCAUAUUAAAAUGAAAAAGACAAGCAACAAGGGUCAAACAUACACUUCCAGCCAAGAAGAUAGUGAAAAUGAUAGCGAUGAAACUGAAUGUAGUAUUGGUAGUAAUUCAACAGCUGGUACUCAUCGUAGUGAUACACCUACACGCAGUGCUCGUUGUAGAAGGAAAGGACGACGUAGAAGUAAAACUGCAAAGUAUAAAUCAUGUACAGACAAACCUCUGUAUAAAUAUUGUUGUAGUGUAAAAGAAGAUCAUGGACAACCGCUGUUUGGAGUACAGUUUAACCAUCAUUUGAAAGAAGGUGAACCAUUAAUAUUUGCUUCUGUGGGGAGCAAUCGUGUUAGCAUUUAUGAAUGUCCAGAGGGAGGUAAUAUUAGGUUACGUCAGUGCUAUGCAGAUCCUGAUCCAGAAGAAAAUUUUUAUACUUGUACUUGGACUUACGAUGACUCUGGAAAACCUUUACUGGCUGUAGCAGGAUCACGUGGUGUUGUAAGGGUUAUCAGUCCUGUAACUAUGACUUGCAUUAAGCAUUAUAUUGGACAUGGACAUGCAAUAAAUGAACUAAAAAUUCAUCCUAAAGAUCCAAAUAUAUUACUCUCAGCAUCAAAAGAUCAUGCACUGAGAUUAUGGAAUAUAAAAACUGAUGUAUGUAUAGCAAUUUUUGGUGGAGUUGAAGGUCACAGGGAUGAAGUUUUAAGUGCUGAUUUUGACAUGAAAGGAGAACGCAUCAUUUCGUGUGGUAUGGAUCAUGCUUUGAAGUUAUGGUCAUUAGAUAAACAAGAUAUGCAAGAAGCAAUAAAGCAAUCUUAUCAUUGCAAUCCUAGUCGUAAUGGAAGGCCUUUUGAUUCUAUACUUCAGCAUUUUCCAGAUUUUACAACACGAGAUGUGCAUCGUAAUUAUGUUGAUUGUGUUAAAUGGUACGGUGACUUUAUUUUAAGUAAAUCUUGUGAAAAUUGUAUCGUGUGUUGGAAACCAGGACGUCUUGAAGAUUCUCAACUACGUAAUGGAGAAACUAGUGCCACUGUUUUACAUCGGUUCGAAUUCAAAGAAUGCGAUAUAUGGUUUAUACGAUUUUCGAUGGAUUUUUGGCAACGUACAAUAGCUUUAGGUAAUCAAGUGGGCAAGACUUAUGUAUGGGACUUAGAAGUCGAUGAACCUGGACAAGCUCGCUGUUAUUCCCUUCAGCAUCCUAGAUGUACUGUACCUAUACGUCAAACUAGUUUAAGUAGAGAUGGCUCAGUAUUAUUAUGUGUUUGUGAUGAUGCUACUGUAUGGAGAUGGAAUCGUGAACAUUAACGUUUAUGUAAUACAUGAAAUGGUGCCUUUAUAUUCACAGAAUGUACUGUAUUUAUUAGCUCUCAAUAUACAGAAUCAUUUUACUAUCAACAUUGAAUAGUAGACUUCUUACAAAAUAUUUGUAAGUAAAUUGUAAUUCUAAUUCAUAUUAAUUUAUGAAAAAAUGAAAAUUUUUAUGUUUAUAAAUAUUAUUACCGAUACAGUUUGUUAUUCAUAAGAAUGAGGAAAUAAUCUUUUUACAUAUGAAAUUAUAAUUGCAAGAAUUGUAAAAUGAGAUUAAACGUAAAUAAUUAUAAUUACAGAAACAAUAUAUGUGUAUUUAUUUCGCAAUAUAUUUUUUAAAGUUGUAUAAUAAUAUCCAUUUCACGAAAUAAAUUUAUUAUAACUAAAUUGUUACAUUUGAGUAAUGAUAUUACUUAAUGUUAUAAUUCGAGACUUUUGUCCAGGGGGGAAACUUUUGUUAGGAAAUUUUUUACAAUUACUUUCCUUAUAUAAAUUAGAAUAUUACUAUAAUACAGUAGACUUUCGAUAAUCCGGUAUGCUCGGGACUUCGGCAGUGCCAAAUAUAGUAAAAAUAUUAAUAUAGUAAUUCAAUUUAUUAACAAAAGUAAAAUGCAUACAUGUAUAAAGUAAAAUAUAUAGAAUAGAAAAUUUGCAAAUAAUGUAUAAAUGAUAUUUAAUUUCUGCGUCUAUUUCAUUGUCUUAUUUCAUCAUCAUUCAUAAUCACGUAUCUAUAUUAGGUAACAAGCAAUUACAUUUCUAAUUAUCUGUGCAAUUAAUUGAAACAUUAUUUGAAAUUAACUUUAACUUUAAUUGUUGAAGACAAAUUCCAACUGAAAUGAACCUUUAAUUUUAUUUAAAAUUAGUUUUCAAUUGGAAUUAAAUUUAAUUGUCAUGCAAAAG